ACUUUGAUCAGGUCAGGUUUCAAAUUUUGCUGGAGGUCAGUGAACACCACACAAACCAAAUCUGCCAUGCGCAGUCUGACUGUUGAGCAGCGACGGCAGGAAGUGCUGGACCACUGAUUAUAAUCUGUCCACGGUGAUCUUUGAUUUGGACUACAGCUCUACACUGACAAUGGACUGGAUUGGUUACGGCUAUGCUGCAGCCAUCCUUUUUGGAGGAUUCAUGGGAUAUAAGAGAAAAGGCAGUGUGAUGUCCCUGAUUGCUGGCUUAGUUUUUGGUGGAUUUUCUGCUUACGGAGCCUAUAACGUCUCCAAUGAUCCAAAAAAUGUCCUGGUGUCGUUGGGCUCCUCUGGGUUGCUGGCAGUCAUCAUGGGAAUGAGAUACAAGAAAUCUGGGAAAUUAAUGCCUGCAGGAAUUAUGUCUGGGCUAAGUUUGCUGAUGGUGUUUCGUCUGUUGCUCCUGACCAUGGUGUAACAGACCGAGCUGCUUGACCAGACUGAGAAGCCUCUGACUCUCUACAAGCAAGUCUUUAUAAAAUAGGAAGCUGUAAUCCCAAGUCUGUAUUUCUGUGGGUUUUUAAAAGGAAUUCCUUCAGUCUGUAUGUGAGGCUGUGUAGGACUGUAAAUAAUUUGAUCGUAAUGAACAGUAAUUUACUUAUUAAUUGUUGUUUUUUGCAUUUUAUAAGAUCAGUUAAUAAAAUAAAAAUUCUGAUUAGAGAAUUUUAACAAUUAAA